AUGGCUGAUUUUGAAUUGCCGUCCGCGUCAGAACCCGUUACGAAUAUAGUUCUAGUAGGGCGUACAGGUAAUGGAAAAAGCGCCACCGGGAACACCCUCCUCGGUCAAAAACUGUUCAUCUCCAGAAAACAGGCAAUAGGUGUUACGAUGAAAUGUGAGAUGUAUAGAGCCGCGAUACCAGAUGGCCCAAUAAUCAAUGUCAUUGACACUCCUGGUUUGUUCGACUUAUCAGUGUCCGCGGAAUUUCUAAGCAAAGAAAUCAUCAAUUGCUUAACUAUGGCAGAAGAAGGAAUACAUGCUGUGCUGUUUGUUUUAUCCGCAAAGAAUCGAAUUUCACAAGAGGAAGAGUCCACACUCAAUACAUUGCAGCGCAUUUUCGAGAGUAAAAUCCUUGACUAUUUCAUUGUUGUGUUCACUGGUGGUGACGAGUUGGAAGCAGACGAGCAGACGUUGGACGAUUACUUGCGUGAAGGCUGCCCUGAAUUUCUAACGAAAGUUCUAAGACUCUGUGGUGGACGAAAGGUCUUGCUUAACAACAGGACUGAGGAUAGUGUGAAGAAGGCUGAGCAACUCAAGCUGCUCCUUUCCCAUGUCGCAGAUGUUGGAAAGCAAAAUGAUGGGAAACCCUAUACCGAUAAGAUGCACCGUAAAAUUAAGCAAGAGAAUGAUAAGCUCAGGGAGCAAGAAAGGGAGAUUGAAUCUAAGAACCUUGCAGAUGCAGAUAUAGCAGUGCUGAAGGAGAAGUUACGCAUAGAGCAUGAACAAACCAUUAGCAUGAUUCAACAGGCGGUUGAGCAUGCGCUAAAACAGAGUGCAGCAUCACAUGAACGAGAGAUGCGUGAGCUGAAAGAGACACUUCAGCAGGGCCAACAGGGCCGGGAGCGCCAACAGAUCCAGAGCCUACUUCCGUUCCCUCGACCAAGUAUACAACUUGAAUGCAACAUUAUGUGA